CAGGGCCUGUCCACCCCCCCCAUCCUCUGAGGCUACCUCUGGAUGUGUCCCUCCCCCUCAGAUACUUGCUGAAUGGAAACAGAGCCCUUUUGAAAGAGAAUCCCGAAUAAUUGUAAAAGACAGAGGCUAGUCUGUUUUUUAGACUUUAAGAUGGAGAGGAGUGCAGUGGUGCUUCUGGUUCUUGCUCUGGUCAACAGUAAUAGGUGUUGUCUGGAUCCUCCCGCUGCCUACAAGUUUACAGGAGCAGUUUGCAGGCUUACCUAUCCUGCCGCUGUAGUUUUGAAUGAAAAGACUACUGAAGUGAUCCAGGCCGCUUUUCAGCAUGCCAGGUAUCCCACCGUCGAGGGAAAGCGAUCAAUAGGAUUUGGGACGGUGAAAUAUGGAUUCCACAACUUAGAGAUCCAUAACCUUUCCAUUGGAAAGAGUGAGUUUGAGCUAAGGGAGAAUGAAGGAGUUGGGAUCUCCAUUUCAAACGUGUCUGCUGUAUUCAAAGGGACUAUGAACUAUGGAUAUGGCAGCUGGCUACUUGACCUGAAACAGUCAGUGGAUUUUGAAGUUGAUUCACAAAUUGACUUGGUCAUUAAUCCAAAACUAUACUGUGGAAAAGGCAAAGUGGCUGCAGACACAUCAGACUGUUACCUUACAUUUCACAAACUGAAGCUGCUUCUGCAAGGAGACAGAGAGCCUGGCUGGCUGAAAAGAAUGUUCACAGAUAUUGUGACUUUCACUGUGAAGUUAGUGGUGAAGUCACAGAUCUGCAAGGAAAUAAACAAUGUGGCUAACAUACUAGCAGACUUCAUACAAGAGCAAGCAGAACAGUUUCUUAGUGAUGGUGAAAUUGGUGUGGAUAUCUCUGUGACUUCUUCUCCCAUCAUCAAAUCUAAUUAUAUUGAAUCAUACCAUAAGGGUUUGGUUAUUUACAAUAAUACAAAAUCAGACCUCAGCACAUCUGUGUUUAACCCAUCCCAACUAACUGAGAACCGUAUGCUGCACUUCUGGCUUGCUGAUGGGCUUCUAGACUCGCUAAUGAGCGCUGCACACCAUGAUGGACGAUUUAUUCGCAAUAUCUCUGGAACAGAACUCACGGAACUGUUUCAGACAGAACUGUCCUCAGCCAGGCCUGAAUUGUUGAGCAAGUGGCUGUCCUCUGAGGGUCCGAUGUUAAAGGCAAGGAGUGUGUCAGUUCCACACUUGUGGACCACCACAGUGGGCACAUCUGUCAGAGCUGUGGCAGGAGUCGAACUCUUAUUGGACGGUCAAGACAUGCCAGCACUUUAUUUUGAGACAGAUGUGACAGUUGUUGUGAAUGCCUCAUAUGCAGAGAAGAAACUAUUUCUGAAGGCCACUGCAGAGCGUAUUCAUAUAACAAAAAAUUCCACAUCAGAAGGACCCACUGAGAUGGAGGAGAGCUUGAGAAGUUAUCUUCAGGAGGCUGUGGAAAAAAUGGGAAUCCCCAAAGUCAUAUCAUACCUGGAGCCAGACUUAACCGCUUUGAUGGAUGAACAGGGACUCAGUCUCUUUGACCUCAUCAAUCCUGAAGUUAUACCUCAGGAUGGAUAUGUGAUAGUCCAGCUGGAUUUUGGAUUUCCACACCAUCUGCUGGUGGAAUUCCUCAAAAAGACGCUGAAUUGACAAUCUUGUUCUCAUAAAUGUACUAUUUCUCACACAAAAAACACUUAUAUCUCAUAAACAUGAAAAUAUGAAUGACUAUAUCAUAACUGCCAGUAUGGCUGUAUGUAAAGAGCUUUGAUGUUUUGUUUAGCUGUUCAGUGUUCAAAAUGUUGUACAUAUGCAAUUGUGAAUCACAAUGAUGUAGUUUUAUGUCCUUCAGUUAUAUGAUCUCAUGACUUCCAUGCAAUGUAGAGAUUGUAUUACCAUAAUUAAACGUUUCCUGAUUCUGUCACAUAA